GUGAAUCGGUUGCGGCAACGCAAGAUGCGAGCGCGGGAGAAUCGCCAGAAUGCUGAGGAUCAGCGCAGCAUAGUGGGGAGCAUUGGCUACAUUGCCGGCAACAUGGGCUACAUGGAGGGUAAUCUAAGCGCCAUUGACUAUUCCUAUGGCGGCGCUGCUACUCACUAUCCCCUGUGGAAGCCUCAUUUUCCGCGAGGUGAAGCUCCGCCGCCAUACGAGGAAGCGGUGGCCAUUUCACAAGCGGAGGCUCUAAGCGCCCAGUGCACGGUGAGUCUGCCAGCCAGCAGCUCCCAAAGAGCAGUAGCUACAGUCAGCCAGCAACAGCAACAGGCGGUGGCCCAAGCCCAGGCUCAGGCGCAACAGCAGCAACAGAUCCAGGCGCAGGUACAGGCCCACCAGCAUCUGCAGCAGCACACGCUCCAACUCCACACCCAGCCGCAGCAGCACCACCAGCCGUAUACCCAACAGCUGGUAGCGCAUCCGCAUCCACAGCACGCCCACCAGUUGACUGCUGCCGCUCCAGUGCUGCCCCAAUCGAACCAGUACACUCAGAGCACCACAAACCUGAUUAACAUCAAUAUCAACAGUGGCGGAGUGACCACUAUAGCUACCGGGGAGAACCACCAACCGCCUUACAGCUUGCAGAGUGAGCAGCAGCAGCAGCUUACCUUGGAGCAGCAUCAUCAGCAGCAGCAGCAGCAGCAACAUCUUAUGCAGCCUCCGGUAAGCAGUGGAUCUAUUUGUCUGCAGGCCAUGCCCAAGCCGCCGGUCUCCGCUGAGUGUAGCUACAAGAACUGCCAUCUCAACAUCAGCGCCAGCGUGACCACAGCAGCGGCCAGUUCGAGUUCGGCUGCCUACUCGACUGGGCGCAGGACGACGCCUCGCGGAUCGCAAGAGCUCCUUCACCAGCUGCCUCAGCAGCAGCAGCAACAGUAUCUCACCGUGGCUGAUGUGGAAAUAAAUGCCAGCGCCAGUGCAGCUAGCUAUCAUUCCCUGCCAGCAGCCAGUGGGGAACUUCAGGCCACGCCCACUCACGCUCAGGUGUUGCAGCAUCAGCAACAGCAGCAGCAACAUCUGCUGGCGGCCAUAUCCUCCCCGGCAAUGGAGCUCCUGCAACCUCUGGAGAUCGCAACGAUCUCAGCUACACCAGCGUCCAGCACAGCGGAUUCGGUGACCCAGACAACACAAAUGCCUGUGCAUGGAACCCUUAAGAACAGCCAACAGCAACAACAACAGCAGCAGCUCAGCAAGACACCAUCCAGUUCGCGUCGAUACCAUCGCACGAUUCCGCGAUAUUUCGCUGUGGCCGACCCUCUGCAGGUGAAGCCCAAGACCAGCAACAGCUCCACAUCCACAUCGGAAGUGGCCGGAAAGCCGGCCAAUAAGAAGCCCAUGUGCCAGUGCCCCAUCCAGCACGUACCGAUGUCCUACAUGGGGAGCAAUGCCAAUGCCAAUGCCAAUGCCUUUCUCGGCGGAGCUGGCAAGUUGUUUGCCACCACCUCAAGCAGCAGCAGCUCCACGCCCACCUGCUCCCUGUCACCGGGAGCGGCAACAUCUGGCGGCGUCCGGCAUGCGGCCACCUUGGCCUAUGGACAGCGAGCAAAAUCAUCGACAAAUCUGCAGCAGCACGCCCAGGACUUAAUAACGGCGGCCGCGGGUGGAGGGACUCUAAGGCGGAGCGGAUGUGGCCACGAGCCAAAGAUAGCCACCAUCUCCAAGCAGGUGGGCGAUGAGACUCACAGCCCGCAUGCCGGAUCCGGUGGCGGGGUCAAUGUGUCCGCCAUUAUUCCACCGCCUCCGCUGCAGCAUCCCGAAGAGGUAUCGGCCCCUCCCAUUGUCCUGGGACGCGUUCAGAAGCGCUCAUCCAGCAGCUCGGCGGAAAGGGGCCGGAGUACGAGCGGAGGGAGCGGAAGCGCUAAUGGGGGACGUAGUGCGUCCAGCGGAGGCGGCGAUUCCCUCUCCAGCGCCUACUUGAAUCGAAAGGUUGAUGCCUACUUGAGUUUGACGCAGAAACAGCAGCAACAUUUCUUUAACCAACAACAACAGCAGCAGCAUCAUCAUCAAGAUCUAAGCAAUCCGACUUUACCACCGAAACUCUACAAAAGCCUAACGAAUUUAAAGAGCGCCACCGUGGUCACCACAUCCUCCUCCUCCUCGUCCGCCAGCGGGAGCAACGCCGUGUCCACCAUCUACACGCUGAGCAAGCCGUCCUCCAGUGGUCAGCGCAAGGAGCAGACGCCCACGCUGACACUGCCGCCGGCAAGCCCGGCCACUGGAUGCGGGGAGAAGCUGGCCAGCGGAAAGAUCAACUCGAGCACUUUCUAUCCGCUGGCCAACCACGUCACUUAUACACUGCCCAAGAACAUCAGCGGGAAGGUAUCCCUGAACAGCACCAUCAACAGUGUGGUCAGCAAGGUGCCAUCAGUGAUCAGCAUUCCGCCGGACAGCAGCUCGAUUGGCCAGGGAGGAGCUGCUGCGAAAAGCACCACACUGCCAAAGAUACUGCGCGUGAAGCGAGAGACUGGAGCAGGAACUGCCACGAGUCCGGCGAUUGCCCAUUGCCAGAUGCCAACGUAUCCGCUUGCGCCAAAGAGCAACAGCAGCGGCAGCGGCACUGCGGUAUCCAGCAGAAGAUCGCCCAACAAACAGUUACCCGUGUGUACCACGUCGAAGAACUGCCUGAACCCCAAGGAGCACUUUCUGCCCAACGACACCAGCCUGGACGAUGACUACCUAAGUGAGUGCGAGAACUGCAAGAUAGCACAGAGUGCCAAGUACUAUUUGGAUGCGGAAUUGAACGGCGGAAGCUCUACGGCCUCGCACCAGGAGACGAUGACCCUGCAGCGCAAGUCGCUUGAGGAAACCAUGGAAGAGCCGCACGACAGCUACUACCGAAACUCGCACACUCUGCCCAGUAAUGCCAAGAAGCAUGGUUCAGUGAGCAAAAACAACAGGGAGUCCUGGCAGUUCUCGACCAUUCCCGCUGCCAGCUCAUCCGAAGAGGAUGUCAACGAAUGAGAUUUAAGCCAUUUUCUUUAAGAUGCCCGAUCGAUCCCAUGCCCCGAAGCGCAUCCUAAAGAAAACGCAGGCUCCAAACACAUCCCAAUAGUAUCCCAAUUCCCCGAAAAGGCAAAGAUAAAACUUCAAAUUGCUGCUGCAAUGAGGGAGAGAAAUCCUGUAUAUAAAACUUAAAUCUAAACUAUGGCAUUAAAUAUAUGUGAGUAGGAGGUGGCAGAGUAACCAAAUGUUAGAUAUUAACCAUGGCGAUAUGCAGCAACCCGCGUGUUUGUUAUAUGCACACCUGUAUGUAUAUCUCUGUAUGUAUGUAAUUGAAUCUGUAUAUUACGCAAUCGAAUAAGAGGGGGAGAGUUAGGCCGAGGAAAUAAAUCAAUUAUAGCCCAUGCAUUAUUAGCGGAACUGUUGAAUAUUUAGCAUAUAUGUAUAUGAAAUUGAUAAUUAGGAUGUCAAGCCCAACUGCCAUCUGCCAUUUUGCCAAUGUUAACUGUCAAUAAUUGUGUAUGUAUGUAAUAUCUAAAGAACUUUUUAUAUACUAUAUAGGUACUGACCAAAAGUCAAGGUAUUCUUCCCCUGCAGCUGCACCGAUCAUUGCACAUAAGAAGUUGUAGAAUAAACCAAUUGACAUGCAUACAUAUAUAGAGGAAGAAAUAGAAUACGUAUUAGAAUUGAAAGCUCAUUCCGACAUUGCUCAUUCCAUCCCAUUCGCCCCGCUUUAUAAAUACCAAACUAAAUUGUCAUUUCCUUUCCAAACUAACUCGUAAUGAAUGUACCAUAUAAAAUAAAACGAAACUAAGUCAGUUUAUAGGAGUAAGAAAUCGUUUUUCAAACAUGCUAGGCGUAGGCGGGGAGAAGGUUUAUAGACAUUAGACGGUUUCUUGAUCGAUAACGAAGGACUUGCUAGAGAAUAACUUUCGUUUGCUUCUUAACGACAGUCUAAUGCCAACGAUACGAGCACGAUAUACAUAUAAGCAUCUAUAUAUAAAUGUAUAUGGAAUACAGGUAGAGGAGCAUGAGAGUCUAGAAAUGAGUGGCUCUCUAUUGAUGAAUGAAUUGUCUGAUUUAAUCAAUUUUCAAAAACUAAUCGAUACUAAGCCAGGAGUUACACAAGCAAUUAGUCGAAGCCAAAGCUAACCGAGAAGAAAUUCCCCUGAUUUUAGUCUUAGUUCUCUUAUAUAUGAUAUAGAAUACUUGACUUCUGACAUUCUCCAAGGACAAGGACAGAAACUUGGCAAUGGUUUUUGUUCCGCUUUUGGUUGUAAUCGAUCUCAGACCUGAUAAACUGUAUUGUGUUCAACGGAUGCUCAAAAUAGCUGUAAUUUCAUUCUGAUAAGUGUAAAUGGUACAAUUUGUUGUUUAAGUUCGUACUUACUGCAUAUUGUAUGUUCAACGAAGACUUGCUGUUAUCAAAUGCUCAAAGCGUGUACUGACCACAACGCAAUCGUGUCGCCCCAAGUACCCGGGGAGUGUAGUUUAGCGAACAGGAAAAAUAUAAGUAUUACAGAACUUACUCAAUAGUAUUAAAUAAACAAAAAUCAAACGUUUUUCAAUACAUACUUAUUAGUCGAGUCGAGUCGAGUCGUUUAUCAAAAUUUAGUUUCCAACUAUUUAAUGAACAGAAAAAGAACAGAAAACCAACAACAUAUGUACAUCACGGCUAAGUACGAAUUUUUAUUCAAUAAGCUACAAAUAUAUUUACUAUUAAACGACGGCUCAAGAAAACCAAAUAUAUAUUGAAUUAACAACCAAAAAUACUUGGUAAUGGUAGUAUAAUAAUUGCAAACCAUAAACAAGACAUUAUAAUUAAACUAGUGUGUGCGAUAUAGUUAAAAACAAAUUUACCAAAAUCGAAUAAAAACCAAACUCGUUUCAACAAACAAAUUAUUCAAUACAAUUCAAGUCGAUAUUGAGAUUUGUAUGGAUAAUUGCUUAAACAAACAAAAAAUAUUACGAGUAUCAAUGUGUUAAUUGAACAAAGUCGUAUUGUAACUAUUUAAAUUUAAUUGCAACUAAAAACUGAAAAAUAAAUUGGUCUAUAAUGAAAAAUAAUAAAUCUGAGAGUGUGUUUUGUUCUGUAUUCUAUGGUUUAGGGUUUGGUAUAUCGAAGGGGAGAUUUUUAUUACGUUGUUGGUUUUUAAAUAAAAUAGAUAAAAUUGCUUUUGUUUUUAAUUUUGAAUUAAAUAAUUUUUUCAAUUGUUUUUAAAAUGAAAACUUCUUAAAUGUCAUUACUAAGCCCUGAAUAUUUUUUUCAAUUAACAAAAUAGCUCAUUGAGUUUAAAUUAAAAA